CAGGGAGUGGCUAAAAAGAAACGGGCUUACAAUCUGAACCGCUACACACAGAAUGGACGCAUCUGAGAGCAGCGUGUGGCUUCUGGCUCUGCUGAGUUUCUGCUCUGUCUUUGGGCGAAACGCAGCCAUCACCAGAACUUUCUUCAUCGCCAUCCGAGAGGAGGAGUGGGAUUACUCUCCCGGAGGACUCAGCCGGGUCAGCGGAAGACCUGCUGCAGAGGACGAGCAUGCUUCUGUCUUCCUGCUACAAGGCCCACAUCGGAUUGGCCAUGUGUAUAAGAAAGCCAUGUUCAGGCAGUACGCAGACGGGUCUUACACAAAGGAGAUCCCCAAACCUGCCUGGCUGGGCUACCUGGGACCUGUGCUUAGAGCUGAAGUUGGGGAUGUCAUAGAGAUCCACCUGAAGAACUACGCCUCCAGGAGCUAUUCCAUGCACCCACACGGAGUCUUCUAUGAGAAAAACUCAGAGGGGGCACUGUAUCCAGAUGGAACCUCUGGAGCACUGAAGCAGGAUGAUGGUGUUCCACCCGGUGGUACACACACCUACACGUGGACGGUGAAGCCAGAAUAUGCCCCCACUGAGGGGGAUUCCAACUGCUUGACUUGGGCUUACCACUCACACGUAGUUGCCUCCAGGGACAUCUCCUCUGGACUCAUAGGAGCCCUGCUGACUUGCAAGAAAGGAACCCUGAAGCUUGUUUCUGGAGUAGGUGGUAACUACUCUCAGGUGCGAAGGACGGAUGUGGAUCAGGACUUCCUCCUUAUGUUUAGUGUGGUGGAUGAGAACCUGAGCUGGUACCUAGAGGAGAACAUCCAGACCUUCUGUUCUGAUCCUGCUGGCGUGGACCCUGAUGAUCCAGACUUUCAGCACUCUAACAAGAUGAAUGCUAUUAACGGCUAUGUAUAUGGGAACCUACCUGGAAUUGAGUUGUGCCAGAACCGAACAGUGUCUUGGCAUCUCCUCGGAAUGGGCAAUGAGGUAGAUGUCCACUCAGCAUAUUUCCAUGGACACACGCUACUCAUGAGAGGUCACAGAGUUGACGCUGUCAGCCUGUUUCCUGCCACCUUCCUCACUGCAGAGAUGACCCCUGUGGAAACAGGAACAUGGCUGCUCAACUGUCAGGUCAACAGUCACAUACAAGAUGGUAUGCAGGCGCUGUUUCGUGUUUCACCCUGUGGACUGCAGGAUGACUCCAAGGCUCCUCUGAAUGGGACAGUCAGGGAGUAUUUCAUUGCUGCCGAGUUGGUUCAGUGGAACUAUGCCCCAUCAGGAAUGGACACACUGACCAAUGUUUCGCUGACUGAAAGCCAAAGCCCCUCAGAAGGGUUUUUCGGGACACAUGGUGGCCGUCUUGGUGGGAAGUAUAUGAAGGCGGUAUUCAGAGCUUACACUGAUCACACAUUUACCAGCAUGAAGGAGCAAACCAGCACGGAGACCCACCUCGGAAUUCUUGGUCCUGUACUGCGCGCUGAGGUUGGGGACAUUUUGCUGGUCACGUUUCUAAACAAUGCUGACAGGAAUUACAGUAUGCAGCCUCAUGGCCUCCAGUAUAUGAAGGAAUUUGAGGGAGCUGAGUAUGCGGAUGGCACAGUGAAGAAUGGAUCUCACGUGCAGCCGGGAGACUCCUUCACCUACAGGUGGCAGGUGAGGGAGGGGCCAUCUGAGAGCGACCCGCCCUGUAUCUCCUACCUGUACUAUUCCUCCAGUGACCCCAUCAGAGACACAAACUCUGGCCUCAUCGGCCCCCUGUUGGUGUGUAAGCGAGGUGCACUGAGCUCCAACAUGACCCAGAGAGAUGUGGACCAUGAGUUCUUCUUGCUGUUCUCUGUUCUGGACGAAAACCUGAGCUGGUAUCUGGAGGAGAACAUUCAAACAUACGGGACGAAUGAGUCUGACCCGCAGGAUGAAGCCUUUGUGGAGAGCAAUAAGAUGCAUGCGGUGAAUGGCUAUAUGUAUGGGAAUCUGCCACAGCUGGAGAUGUGUGAGGGUGCCCGGGUCAGAUGGCACCUGCUGGGACUCGGCACAGAGGUGGAUGUGCACACGGUUCACUUUCAGGGCAACACUUUCCACAGAGAGGGCACCACACACGACACCCUCACCCUGUUCCCACACACCACUCUCAGUGUGUUCAUGCAGCCAGAUACAGCCGGGCUGUUUGAGGUGAGCUGCAGAGUGAGUGAACAUUACAUGGGAGGGAUGAGGCUGCAGUACAGAGUGAAGAAGUGCAGAGAGAGCCUGUCUGCUCCCAUCACUGCUCCUACAGGGCACUACUUUAUUGCUGCAGAGGAGGUGGAGUGGGACUACUCACCUGAGCGCACAUGGGAACUGCAAAACUUCAACUCCACAGAAAACGACAGUCCAGGCAGUAUAUUCGUGGGGAAAGGUGAGAACAGACUCGGCUCCAAAUAUAAGAAAGUAGUUUACAGGGAGUACACCGAUGCCACCUUCAGGACAAGAAAACAGCAGCAACCUGCAGAGAAACAUUUGGAAAUAUUAGGCCCAAUCAUCAGAGCAGAGGUUGGGGAGGUUCUUCAGAUCACGUUUCUGAAUAAGGCUAGUCGGCCAUACUCUAUACAGCCUCAUGGAGUGAAGACGAUUCCCACACAUCCACAGCCUGUAUUACCUGGAAACAUGAGUAGGUACCAGUGGAGCGUUCCAGAAAGGUCUGGCCCAGGCGUCUCGGAUCCAAACUGCAUCUCAUUCGCCUACUACUCUGCUGUGGACUUUAUUAAGGACACAGUCAGCGGGCUAAUCGGACCACUGGUGAUCUGCAGGAAAGGAACACUUAACUGGGACAGACAGAGGCUGGACAUAGAUCGGGAGUUUGCUCUUCUCUUCUUCAUCUUUGAUGAGAAUAAGUCAUGGUACCUGGAGGAAAACAUUAAAACCUACUACAACAGCUCACUCCCUCUGCUCAGAGACGGAGACUUUGAGGAGAGCAACAAAAUGCAUGCAAUCAAUGGCAAACUAUAUGGCAACCUUCGUGGACUGGACAUGCAGAAAGGAGAGAGAGUGAACUGGUAUCUACUGGGGAUGGGUGGUGAGGUGGACAUGCACACUGUCCACCUGCAUGGUCAGACCUUCAUCUACAAGACUGACCUGGCCCACCGGGCCGACGUGUUUGACCUGUUCCCGAGCUCUUUUCAGACACUGGAGAUAGUGGCAGACAGCGAGGGAACGUGGCUGUUGCAUUGCCAUGUUGCUGACCACAUCCUAGCAGGCAUGGAGACAACCUACACCAUCCAGCCCCGGGCAGGUGGCAGUCAUGUGAGUCAGCGCCUGGGCAUCGUUUGGAUCCUGGCCUUCAUUUCCACUCUCAGACUAAUGUGAUUUGGGACCAUUAUUUUAGAUUUGAUUACAAAUUACUGUUCCUUGUUUUAGUGGUGCACAAUGUGGCUGUGAUUAUAACCAAAUCCCCUAAUCAUGAUGUAUAUGUAUAUAUUUUUAAGACUUUUAAGCAAAAAUAAAGAAGUGUGUUGACUGUGAAU